GAUCUUCUUUUCUAUCCCUGCCGCCGUGCCCACCACUUGCCGCGGCGGGGUUGACUUGGCAUCGCGGCGAGGCGGCCGGGCGGGCGCGCCGUACCGCGUUGUAUUGUAUCCACCCGGCCUGCGCGUCCAAGUACGCGUACGAGUAUAUAUGCGCGCGCGCGGGGCCCGGCCUGCUGCUGGACCGCCAGUGCCAAAAGUCAACCCCAUCCCCCCCUCCUCGUCCUCCUCCCCAGACGAGACGAGCACCGCGCCGCACGCGUCGAAGGCUCGGGAGGCCGGCCGCCGGUGUUCAUGCGCGCCGUGCUGCUGCUGCUGCUGCUCGUCAUGGCGGACCACUUCAACGACUGGGACCUGCAGGCCGUCGUCAGGAGCUGCGGCAGCGUCGCCCACCCGGACCCGCCCGGCCGCGGCGCCGGCGCGCCGCCGGGGGAGGAGGCGGAGGAAGAAGCGGCAGCGCCAGCGGAGCCGGCCACGCUUCCCGCGGCGGCGCGUGGAGAGGCGGCGCCCGCGCGUGCGGCGCCACCGGCCCAGGGACACGAGCGGGCGACGCCGCCGCCGCCGGCCGCGGCCAAGGGCGCGGCGCGGCUGUACGACCUGGAGUACCUGGACUUGGACCGCAAGCCGUUCCUGCUGCCGGCCACGCCGCCGCCGCUGGGGGCGCGCGCGGCGGGGGACGACGCGUGCGAGCGCGAGGUGAUGAUCUCUUUCCCCGCGGCGGCGGCGGCGGCCUCGACGUCCGGGGCGCAGCAGAGGGCGCUGCCUCCUGGACGGAAGGCCGGCGCGCGCACGCCGCGGCCUAAACGGAGCAAGAAGAGCCAGCUGAAGAAGGUGGUGCGCGAGAUGCCGGUGGCCGACGGCGGCGCGUCGUCGUCGGACCCGUGGGCGUGGCGCAAGUAUGGCCAGAAGCCCAUCAAGGGCUCGCCUUAUCCCCGGGGGUACUACAAGUGCAGCAGCAUGAAGGGGUGCAUGGCGCGGAAGCUGGUGGAGCGCAGCCCGGCCAAGCCCGGGGUGCUCAUCGUCACGUACAUGGCCGAGCACUGCCACCCCGUGCCCACGCAGCUCAACGCGCUCGCCGGCACCACGCGCCACAAGUCGUCGCCCAAGGGCGGCCACGACCACGAGCAGGGGCCUCCUCCUGCCGGCGCCGCCGCCGAGGACGCGGCGAGGUGCGACGCCGACAGCAACGACAAGUCGGCGCUGGAGUUUGGGGCCGAGGACAUGACGGCCGUCGACGACGAGAGCGAGCUGUGGCCCGCGGGGAUGGACCUGGACGAGCUCUUGGCGCCCGUGGACGACGACUUCGACUUCGAGCAUGCCAUCGACGAAGGGGAUGGCGAUGGCGUGCUGGGACGUCGGCUCUCGCUCUAGCAGGAGCUUGGGCACUGUAGCGUCAGAUCAGAACCAUCAACUGCAGCAGAGAAAGAUUCCGACUCCAAGAGAAGAGAAGCGGUGUAUAGGCGUCUUGUGUGUGUGUAUUUCUGACGGAGGAUCUCCAUUACCAAGAGCUAAACUAAAUUCUCCAUGUGUAUCUGCGUAGUACUUGCGUAUCUCCGAGAAGUCGGUGCGCAUUGAUUUUUGCACCCCUGUAAUUCAGAAGCGGUGUAUAGGCGUCUUUUGUGUGUGUACUAUUUCUGACGGAGGAUCCCCAUUACCAAGAGCUAAACUAAAUUCUCCAUGUGUAUCUGCGUAGUA